UUAAUCAUCAAGUAUUCAGCUUAUUAUUAAUAUCAUUUGUUAAUCAUGUCCAUCAAAAUGAAUACAAUGAACAUGAAUUGGAUGAUGAAAAGAUGAUCUAUCAUCCAUUUUAAUCUCACUGGUCACUCACUGACCAUCUCCAUCAGAUGAUCAUCGUCAUUCAACUUCCUCUCAAGUUUUAAUCCUCCACCUCCUUUUAUCAUCAUAAUCACUUUAUCAUCUGAUCAAUUUAACUAGAAAUCAUCAAAUUUAAUUGUUGACAAAAAUCAAAAAUGUCCAUCGAGUUGAUUAACUUUAAUUGUUUCACCUAAAAUUGUUUCCAAAUUGUGUUGACCAUUUCUAAUUAGUUACAUUGUGUCUGUGUCUUGUUUGUUGAUCAUAUCAACAAUUUAUGCUGCAAUUAAAUAAAUUAUUUGAUUGUUGUUAUCAUCGAUUAUUAUUAUAUUUAAUCUCUGUAAUCAAGAACGAAUUCUAACAAUUAACUUAACCAUCAAUUCUGAUCACAAUGCCUUAUCUACGAUUAAUUGUACUAAAUUUAUUGAUUGUCAGCCUAUUUUUUGAUUACAGGACUUUUGCAUCAAUUCGCAAGUACCUUUUACCAAGUACUUAUGAUUUAAUCAUCCCACCCAAACCGAAAGGAGGACCCAUAAAUGUAGAUGUGGAGAUUACUGAUCUUAGACUGAUUACUGUAAAUGAAGGUGAAUUGUCCAUUACGAUUGAUUUGUUCAUUAAAUUAAAAUGGUUCGAACCUCGAUUGAAUAUAACCAAUAUCACAUUAUCGGCGAUAACUGACCAGUUGAUUUUAGAUAAAACUUGGGAUAAGAAACUUUGGUGUCCAUCGGUUUUCUUUAAGAAUGGAAUUCGUGGUGACAUGUAUCUCGAAAAAUCACCAAUGUCCUAUUUUGAAAUUUUCCCAAAUAAAAGUGUACAAAUGACCCAAAGAGUUUCAGUUGUUUUAUUCUGCCACAUGAGUUUCCGUAAAUAUCCUCAUGAUAAACACUCUUGUGCCAUCAACAUUGGAAUGAUGUCUCAUAGAAUCAAAACUGUCCGAUUAAAAUGGAGUAAAACUGAAUUAUCUUCAGAUCUUUACAAUACGGAUUAUAUGGUCAGUUUGAAUCAAAGUGAUUCUGUUGAUUGUACCAAUUAUGAUAAUCCAAGAGCUUUUGCUUGUCUUCAAACUGCUUUAAUUCUUGACCGUGGAUUAGGAUAUUUUGUGUCCAGAAAAUACGUUCCCUCGUUUAUCAUUGUGUCCACUUCAUUCAUCGGAUUCUGGAUUCCAUCUCAUAGUUAUCCUGCUCGAGUUACCUUAAUUGUUACCUCAUUACUUUCAUUAAUUACCCAACAGGUUCAAACUGUUCACAUUUAUGCUUCUUAUAUUAUUUCAAUUCACAUUUGGAAUAAUAUUUGUACAACUUUUGUCUUCCUUGGAUUAAUUGAGUUUAUCAUUGCGACUUGUUGGGAUAAUAGUAACAUCAAUCAAACGAAAACGAACCACAAAUCUUUGGAAGGUGGAAGAAGGUGUGAUGUCCAUAAGCCUUCGUGUUUCUUUGCAAAAUUGUUCCGAGGAUUAAGAAAAUUUGGCCAAGAAAAUAAUCAAGUUGAUGCUUAUUCCAAGAUAAUCUUUCCAAUUGCAUUUGUUUUAGUGGCUUGUGCUUAUUAUGCUUGGGUUGAUUCAAUGGAAGAUUUUGAUUCUCGAGUCCAUAAAACACCAUGAAUACAUUCAAAUG